CCUUCUCCUUCCCUGUUCCUGCCCCCCUAAUCUUCCCCUUGGCCGGAGUCCUCUUUUUUCCUCUCUCUCGCCUCAACACUCGCUCAAACCUGCCACCUUCUCAUCUCUCGUUUUAAUUCUCCUUCUUUGAAGGUCUUGAUUCCGGUUGUGCAGCGGCACUCGACCACCUCGCCUUCAAUCGCAGCCAGCCAUUCGGUAAUCGAGAAUAUAGCGCCGGCGGCAAACAAGGGCGGCGUGGCCGAGACAUAACCGACAUCGUCAAUCGCUAAUACGAAAAGAGGAGGAAGGAGGUGUUUGCGCAGAAGCAACUGGCACCGGCCUCUUUUUUGCUCCUGGAUUUUGAUUUAGUGUCCUCGUACGGGAGUUUCUACUCGUCGAUCUUCGGCUCCCGCUUGCACGCACUUCGACCCGUCAUUUCCAAGCCAACAAGUUGCACUCUGCGCCCCACCGCGCCGCCAUUCGCUCGCUCAGCCUGCGUGUUGUGCAUCAACAACACUCCUGCUCUUCAGCACUCAACAACUAGUCCCUGGUUCUUCGUCAAAUUUCCACGCUGUGGCGGGCCACAAUCGAGCUUAAUCUUUUUGCACUCGCCGUCGCAAGCUCACGGCACUGCAACACUACAGUCGACAAGUUCUCCGUCGCUUGUCUGCAAACACAUAUCUGGCACGAAACUCGUCUCCAUGAGUUGUUGAUCUGACACUGCGCCCAGCAUGUCGGGAUACCAAUCAGGCCAGGGCCAUGGCCAAGGCCAGGGCCAUCAUGGCUACGAUGAUGGCUACGGUCACCAUGGCAACACGGACUCUUAUUAUCAAGACGACCAGCAUUACUAUGACAACAAUGGCCACAACCGUGGCGGAUACCAGCAGGGCGAUGGCUACUAUGAUGAGUCUGGCUAUUACAACGCCGACCCGAACAACCCGUACCACCAAGAUGGCGGAUACUAUGACAACCACGACCAGUAUAAUGACGACUACUACGGCCACAAUGAUGGUUACUACGAUCAGGGCUACGACCGGGGUGGCUAUGGGAACGGUCACGGCCACCGGAACGGCUCGGAGGAGGAUUCUGAGACGUUUAGCGACUUCACCAUGCGCUCCGACAUGGCCCGGGCUGCCGAGAUGGAUUACUACGGCCGUGGUGAUGAGCGCCACAACAGCUACAAUGAUGGUCCAGGCGGCGCCCGGGGAUACCGCCCUCCCUCGUCGCAAAUUUCAUACGGCGGCAACCGCUCCUCUGGCGCGUCGACUCCGAACUACGGCAUGGACUACGGCAAUGUCCUGCCGGCCGGUCAGCGCUCACGGGAGCCUUACCCUGCCUGGACCUCUGACGCCCAGAUCCCGCUCUCGAAGGAGGAGAUCGAGGACAUUUUCCUUGAUCUGACGGCCAAGUUCGGCUUUCAGCGUGACAGCAUGCGCAACAUGUACGACCACUUGAUGACUCUGCUCGAUUCCCGCGCCUCGCGCAUGACGCCGAACCAGGCCCUUCUCUCCCUCCACGCCGAUUACAUCGGUGGUGAGAACGCGAACUACCGCAAGUGGUACUUUGCCGCUCACCUAGAUCUUGACGAUGCUGUUGGUUUCGCCAACAUCAAAGGCAGGAGUGGGAAGCGUAAGAACAAGAAGAAGAAGGCUACACCCGAGAACGAGGCCGAGGCACUUGAGGACUUGGAAGGCGACGAUUCCCUCGAAGCCGCUGAGUACCGCUGGAAGACGAGAAUGAACCGCAUGUCCCAGCACGACCGCGUCCGCCAGCUUGCUCUCUACCUCCUCUGCUGGGGUGAGGCCAACCAGGUCCGCUUCAUGCCCGAGUGUCUCUGCUUCAUCUUCAAGUGUGCCGAUGAUUACCUUAACUCGCCCGCUUGCCAAAACAUGGUGGAGCCUGUCGAGGAGUUUACGUUCCUCAACAACGUCAUCACGCCUCUCUACCAGUACAUCCGGGAUCAGGGAUACGAGAUUGUCAAUGGCGUCUACGUCCGUCGUGAGAGGGAUCACAACCAGAUCAUUGGUUAUGACGACUGCAACCAGCUCUUCUGGUAUCCCGAAGGUAUUGAGCGCAUUGUGCUCAAAGACAAGAGCAAGCUGGUCGAUGUGCCCCCUGCCGAGCGCUAUCUCAAGCUUAAGGAUGUGGAAUGGAAGAAGGUCUUCUUCAAGACCUACAAGGAGACGCGUUCGUGGUUCCACAUGCUGGUUAAUUUCAACCGCAUCUGGAUCAUCCAUUUGACCAUGUUCUGGUAUUUCACGUCCUUCAACGCGCCGACGCUCAUCACGCCCAACUAUGAGCAAGAGGUCGACAAUCCUCCUCCGCGCGCGGCACAGUGGUCUCUGGUGGGUUUCGGUGGCACGAUCGCCGCGGCCAUUCAGGUCUUCGCGACACUUGCGGAGUGGCUCUAUGUCCCGCGCAAAUGGGCUGGUGCGCAGCAUCUGACAAAGCGCCUGCUGUUCUUGCUCGUGGUCCUCGUCAUCAACGUUGGUCCUGGAGUCUAUGUCUUCAUGCCCGCAGCCAACCUGGAUGCCUACCUUGAGAAGCAAAACAGCAAGCCUGCGCUUAUCCUCGGCAUCUUCCAGUUCUUUUUCGGUCUGGUCACGUUCUUAUUUUUUUCCGUCAUGCCCCUGGGCGGUCUGUUUGGGAGCUACCUCACCAAGAACUCGCGGAGGUACGUUGCUAGUCAGACGUUCACCGCUAGCUACCCGCGACUUAAGGGCAACGACGUGGCUCUUUCCUUCGGCAUGUGGGCUGUCAUCUUCGGUCUCAAGCUGGGAGAGUCUUACGCCUUCCUGACCCUCUCGAUUCGAGACCCUAUUCGCUAUCUCAACAUCAUGAAUGUCGACAGCUGCAUCGGCGAUACGAUCCUGCAGAGGUAUCUAUGCCCGUACCAACCGGAGAUCACCCUGGCUCUCAUGCUCUUUUGCGAUCUGCUCUUCUUCUUCCUCGAUACGUACCUCAUGUACGUUGUCGUCAACACGUGCAUCUCGGUCGCUCGAUCGUUCUACCUCGGUUCGUCAAUCUUGACUCCCUGGAGAAACGUCUUCUCGCGUCUCCCGAAGCGCAUGUACUCGAAGAUCUUGGCCACUACGGACAUGGCGAUCAAGUAUAAACCAAAGGUCCUGAUCUCGCAGAUCUGGAACGCCAUCGUCAUCUCCAUGUAUCGCGAACAUUUGCUGGCCAUCGACCACGUUCAGAAGCUUCUCUACCACCAGGUGCCGUCCGAGCAGGAGGGCAAGCGCACGCUUCGGGCCCCGACGUUUUUCGUCUCCCAGGAGGACCACUCCUUCAAGACGGAGUACUUCCCCAGUCACAGUGAGGCCGAGCGGAGAAUUUCGUUCUUUGCCCAGUCGCUCUCGACGCCCAUUCCGGAACCGCUCCCGGUGGACAACAUGCCUACCUUCACUGUCAUGAUUCCUCACUAUAGCGAGAAGAUCCUUCUGUCACUCAGGGAAAUCAUUCGCGAGGACGAACCUUACUCGCGCGUCACGCUUCUCGAGUAUCUCAAACAGCUCCAUCCUCACGAAUGGGAUUGCUUCGUCAAGGACACCAAGAUCCUAGCGGACGAGACAUCCCAAUUCAACGGCGACGAAGAAGAGAAGGAGAAGGACACGGCGAAGAGCAAGAUCGAUGACCUGCCCUUCUACUGCAUCGGUUUCAAGUCCUCGGCUCCCGAGUACACGCUUCGAACUCGCAUUUGGGCCUCGCUGCGCUUCCAGACACUCUACCGCACCAUCUCCGGUUUCAUGAACUACAGCCGCGCAAUCAAGCUGCUCUACCGCGUCGAGAACCCUGAGGUGGUCCAGAUGUUUGGCGGCAAUUCUGACAAGCUGGAACGCGAGCUGGAGCGGAUGGCCCGUCGCAAGUUCAAGCUGGUGGUUUCGAUGCAGCGGUUUUCCAAGUUCAAGAAGGAGGAGAUGGAGAACGCCGAGUUCUUGCUCCGCGCCUACCCGGAUCUCCAGAUUGCGUAUCUCGAUGAGGAACCGCCCUUGGCCGAAGGCGAGGAACCGCGUCUCUAUUCCGCGCUAAUCGACGGCCAUUCCGAGUUCAUGGAGAACGGUAUGCGCCGGCCCAAGUUCCGCAUCCAGCUCUCGGGCAACCCAAUUCUCGGUGACGGAAAAUCCGACAACCAGAACCACUCGAUCAUCUUCUACCGCGGCGAGUACAUUCAGCUCAUCGACGCCAACCAGGACAACUACCUUGAGGAGUGCCUCAAGAUUCGCAGCGUCCUUGCGGAGUUCGAGGAGAUGCACACGGACGAGGUGUCUCCGUACACUCCUGGAGUAAAGACCAACGCUCCUGCUCCUGUCGCUAUCUUGGGUGCUCGUGAAUAUAUCUUCUCGGAGAACAUUGGUAUCCUGGGUGACGUCGCCGCUGGCAAGGAACAGACAUUCGGUACCCUAUUCGCGAGAACUCUGGCACAGGUUGGUGGCAAGCUCCACUACGGUCACCCUGAUUUCCUCAACGGCAUUUUCAUGACGACUCGUGGCGGUGUCUCCAAAGCACAAAAGGGCCUCCAUCUGAACGAAGAUAUCUACGCCGGCAUGAACGCGCUCCUCCGUGGUGGACGCAUUAAGCACUGCGAAUACUACCAAUGUGGCAAAGGUCGUGAUCUUGGUUUUGGAUCGAUUCUCAACUUCACCACCAAGAUCGGAACCGGUAUGGGUGAGCAGAUGCUGUCUCGAGAGUACUAUUACCUGGGGACGCAGCUUCCCAUCGAUCGCUUCCUUUCCUUCUACUACGCCCAUCCCGGUUUCCACGUCAACAACAUGUUCAUCAUGCUGUCGGUGCAGAUGUUCAUGAUCUGCCUACUCCAGAUCGGUGCGCUUCGGAAGGAGACGAUCCCUUGCGACUACAACCGCGAUGUGCCCAUCACGGAUCCCCUGUAUCCCACGGGCUGCGCGAAUACGGACGCCCUCAUGGAUUGGGUCUACCGCUCCGUUCUGUCCAUCGUCUUCGUCUUCUUCAUCUCGUUCGUUCCUCUGUUCGUCCAAGAAGUGUCGGAGCGGGGUCUCUGGCGUGCCGCGACCCGUUUCGCCAAGCAGUUCUGUUCGCUCUCGCCCUUCUUCGAGGUGUUCGUCUGCCAGAUUUAUGCCAACUCUGUGCAGCAGGAUAUCACCUUCGGAGGCGCCCGGUACAUCGGCACGGGACGUGGUUUCGCCACCGCUCGCAUCCCGUUCGGCGUGCUCUACUCUCGAUUUGCCGGUCCAUCCAUGUACUUCGGCGCUCGCAUGCUGAUGAUGCUUCUGUUCGCCACCGUCACGAUCUGGCAGGCGGCCCUAGUUUACUUCUGGAUUUCUUUGUUGGCCCUGGUUAUCUCGCCGUUCCUCUACAACCCUCACCAGUUUGCCUGGAACGACUUCUUCAUCGACUACCGCGACUAUCUCCGCUGGCUGUCGCGCGGAAACUCUCGCUCGCAUGCGUCGUCUUGGAUCGCCUUCUGCCGUCUUUCCCGGACGAGGAUCACGGGUUACAAGCGCAAGGUCGUGGGCGACCCGUCUGCCAAGUUGUCGGGCGACGUGCCGCGGGCCGCCAUCACCAAUAUCUUCUGGGCCGAGAUCAUUACGCCGCUCUGCCUUGUCAUCGUCACUCUGAUCCCGUACCUGUUCAUCAAUGCACAGACAGGCGUGAAAAAAUCCGAGACGAAGCCGACUGCCGCUCUUCUCCGGGUCGCCAUCGUCGCCUUUGCACCCAUUGCCAUCAACGCGGGCGCCCUCGCCAUCUUUUUCGCCAUGGCUUGCUUCAUGGGUCCUCUGUUGAGCAUGUGCUGCAAGAAGUUCGGCUCUGUGCUCGCCGCCAUUGCACACGCUAUUGCGGUCAUUGUGCUCCUAGUAUUCUUCGAAGUCAUGUUUGUCCUGCAGGGCUUCGAUUUCUCGAGAACACUCCUGGGCAUGAUCACCGUUGUGGCCAUCCAGCGUUUCGUCUUCAAGCUUAUCAUCACUCUAGGCCUUACCAGAGAGUUCAAGACGGACCAGUCCAACAUUGCGUUCUGGACCGGUAAAUGGUACUCGAUGGGUUGGCAUUCGGUGUCGCAGCCAGCUCGUGAGUACCUCUGCAAGAUCACGGAACUGUGCUUGUUUGCCGGCGACUUCAUCCUCGGCCAUAUCGUUCUCUUCCUCAUGGUUCCGAUCAUUCUGAUCCCCCAGAUUGACAAGUUGCACUCGAUGAUGCUCUUCUGGCUUCGUCCAAGCCGACAAAUCCGCCCGCCUAUCUACUCGAUGAAGCAAACCAAACUUCGGAGGAGGCGCGUCAUCCGCUAUUCCAUCCUCUACUUUGUCCUGCUCGUUGUCUUCCUUGCGCUCAUCGUCGGGCCGGCGGUGGCUGGCAAGUAUAUUCCGACAGAGAGUAUGCUGAGCAUGUUGAAGGACCAGAACCUAUUGCAGCCGACGGGCCUGAAUCAUGAUGACACGCGCGGCAAGACGCCUACUGGUACCGGUGCCCCUAACUACUCGGGUGUCGGAACAUCGACAAGGACAACAGCACGCGCUACGGCGACGAGUGGUUCUGACAAGCGGGCUCUAUUCAUCUGAGAACGUCAACAGGCUGGGUAUUCAUUCAUUCAUGGCAUUCGUGGGACAAGGAGAGUUAUAGAAGGGAUGCCAUUCUGUACGGUUGUUUAAUGCUGCGGCCAGUCAGUCAUCAAGACGGGCUACUUGAGGGAGAGAGUCUUCAGUUUUGCACGAACAUCGCGGGGUCUCUCUUCUCUUCUCUUUUUUUUUUUGGGGGGGGGGAGGGGAAACGGACAUGGGACGUGUUCAGGUGCGGUCAGCUUGUAGUAUUGUAUUUGUCGGGUAUCACAUAUGCUCGUUCUUUGCUCUCGUCAUCCCUGUCUCGUUUGUCCACCUAGGUAGUUCAUCGUGGUUGAGGAAUGGUUUGGAACUUGUGAGAACCGGAGCCCACCAACCUCCAUGAGCAUCACUGGGAUGUGGUUGAUGUGAGCCGAAGUCACAGGUCAUCUCAUCUCUGUGUGUCUAUAAUGAUUGUAGCAUUCCUUUUGUUCG